CCACCUCUUACUGGGUAUGAGGAACGCCAGCUGAUUGGGCAGAAUAUAAUAGUCGAAAGAUCAGAUAUCGCUUUACUCAUUUAUCCUGAUAUGUGCAGUAUUUACCGGAUACAGGACAGACCUAAGAUUGUGGACUAAAAUAAGAACUAACCAUGAUGUGUGCCGCAGAAAGGAAUUGACAGACCUUUUAAAUAAGAGAUUUGUGUUCGAGCUGGAGUCCUCUGCCGUGAACCGCCCUCCCUCCCUGUCUUCUCCCCCGAUUGCAACCAUGCAGACCAACCCGGUACUGGUGGAGUCUGCAGUGGUCUUCUCUGUGGUGAUGUGUGUCCACAUGGCCGUGUGGAACCAGCACUCCUGGUGCUGCGUGGCCCUGGUCAUCCAGGCCUUCUACGUGCAGCACAAGUGGGACCGUCUGCUCCGUAAUGGCAACGCCGUCUUUCAGUGGCGCCUGUCAGCCAACAGCGGCAUCGUCCCAGCCGUCAUGGUGAUGCCCCUGCUGGGUGUGGCACUGCGGGAGAAGUGCGCCGCAUCGGGGAACGUCUACUUUGAGCGUUUCUCCAUGGUGGUCACAGUGACAGGCAUGAUGCUGGCACUGUUCCUGUCGCUCCUCGCGCUGGGCAUCACAAGGCCCGUGCCCACCAACACAUGUGUGAUUGCGGGUGUGGCAAGCAGUGCCAUCCUGUACACAGUGAAGCAGACCCUAACGGUGUCAGAGGUGAUUGAGGUUCUGGAGGUGCUGCUGAUAUUCGUCUACCUGAGUCUGAUCGUGCUCUACCUGCUACCGCGCUGCUUCACGCCCGGCGAGGCCCUCCUCAUCGUCGGGGGCAUCAGCUUCAUCGUCAACCAGCUCAUAAAGCGCUCACUCAACAUGGCUGAGGUCAAAGGGGAGCCUGUCCACUACUUCCUGCCUGUGGUGGUGGUAGGAUCUCUUCUCCUAGGGGUGUUUUUCGCCCUGCUCUUCUGCUUCAUGGAGUCUGAGACCUGGGUGUCGUCGCUCUUCUUCCACAUGAUGACAGCUGUGCUGGGCCUGGGGAUCCUCAUGCCCUGGCUUUCCCUCCUCAUCCGCCGCCACCCCAUCAUGUGGCUGCUGGACUUUGUGACUCUGAACGACAAGCGUCUGUGCCUGCUGGGGUACUGGGUGCUGUUGGCCACACUGGCCACCCUGGUUGUGCUGCACCAGAACUACCAGCGCCAGUCAGGCUCCAAGAAGCACCAGGCAUCUACGGUAGUCAGAAAGUACUUCCACCUCAUUGUAGUAGCCACCUUCGUCCCAGGCCUGGUGUAUGACCGCCAGCUCCUACACGUGGCGUCCGUGGGCUGCCUGGGGGCAUUCCUGCUCCUGGAGUAUGUGCGCUACUUCCGCAUCCGCCCGCUGGGUCAACUCCUCCGUCAGUUACUCACCCUGUUCCUGGACGAGCGUGACUCUGGACCUCUCAUCCUCACCCACAUCUACCUCCUCCUGGGUAUGUCCCUGCCUAUCUGGCUGUUCCCGGGGCCCUGCGCCCCCAAAGGCAUCCUGCCCGGGGCGGGAGGCCUGGUGCCCUACGCCGGGGUGCUGGCGGUGGGUGUGGGGGACACAGUGGCGUCGGUGUUCGGCAGCAGCAUGGGCGAGAUCCGCUGGCCGGGCACCAAGAAGACAGUGGAGGGCACAGCCACGUCGGUAUUUGCCCAGAUCAUCGCUGUGGCUAUCUUCCUCAUAUUUGACCCCACCAUCAAUCUGAACUCCACCUACUCAUGGAUCGUGAGCUCCAUCACCAUGGUAGCCAUGCUGGAGGCCUACACCUCGCAGAUAGACAACCUGCUGCUGCCGCUUUACCUCUUCAUCCUGCUGCUGCUCUGAUGACCCCCGUGGAGUACCGCACACAGGUCAUGUUUGAGAUCGACUACCUUGCAGUCGGAGGCGGCAGACUGACAGAUCUGCAAAUCAUAGUGAGUAUCCGUUUAGGAUGCAAGGCGAUUUGUAGAUCAGUUGGUCUCCUCAGUCUGUGAUCAGCGGCUGAGCAGAUGCACUUAAACACAGCCACACGGUGACCUCUUGACCAGAGGUCAGAGUGGAAAGGCUAACCAAUGUAAUUUCUGAAUUUUAAAGUCUAAGGGAAUGUAUGGAAAUCCUCAUUGGAUGACUGAGGAUUGUUUUGUUUUGUUGCUUUGUGAGAGUAAAAGUUAUGAUCUGUUAUAUUGAUGUUGCAUUGAUAAUCUCUCCACUAACAUGACCGUGUGUGGGGAAAUCAAUAUAGCUGGCACAAAGAAGGAUGAAGUACAAUCUGAUAGCACUGCUAGCUAGGGAAUGAGCUUGCAUACAUUAUGAGAAAUACAUGAAGACGGAACAUACACUCUAGAUUUUGCUCUUCAUUUUGUGGGACAACAGCAUGACAAUAGAAUCAGUGAUGUUCAGCUAGAAUACAACAAGUUGGUUCAAAAUACACACUACUGUUUUUUUGUGGGGGUUUUUUUCAUAUCAGUUGCUUGGUGAGGAUAAGGGAGGUUAAAUAAUUUUGUUUGAGAGCAGGGUGGUAUUCAUUAGGGCACACCGUAGCAAAAUGUUUGGCAACGGAAAAUGAAAACGAGCAUUCCUCAUUGGACAAGUUUGGGGUAGUCCCGCCUUUCAGUCUGUUUUCUUCUGUUUGGUGCCUAACCACUGUUGAUAAUGGCUGACCCUGGCCAUGACCCACUCUGCAAAGGUGUCUCAGAGUUGGGAUAUGCAAGAAAAUAAUACAUUUCCAAUUCACACAUGCGUAUUAACACAUGUGUAAAAUAGGACAAAUAGAAGCACCCACAUUAUUAUUAUUAUUAUUAUUAUUAUUAUUAGUGAAUAUGACCCAGCUCUAUCUUGAUGGAGGUGGGGGAUUCCCGAGGGACAGAGGAUGAAUGUCCCUGAGUCACUGUAACACGCUGAAAUCCCAAACUACUUAAUUAUACAACAGGAGAUGGAGUUCAGUACAUUGGACAAAAUGUAUUUUAGCCGGAAUUAAGUUUCCCUGCCCUGAUCAGCAGUCAUGGCAGACACUGGUUAAUGGCACGUUUUAACAAAUUGUGAUGGGCUUCUUUUUUUUGCUAAAGGAAAGCUACCUUUGUACAGCCUUUUGAAGAACAUAAUUUGAUCAUUUGUUUUUCAGAGCAUUUUUUUGUUGUUACAAUUUCAUCGGACUAUAAUUUAUUUGCAUUUCUUGUUGUGGCAAUAUUACGGACUGAUUGCGGGACAUAUUUGCCUUAAAGAAGUAUAUUUUGUAUCACACAUUACCUAGUACUGUAAAUACUCUAGCUGACAGCAUGGUUUGUGUUGAAGUAGACUGGUUGAUUCUUCAAUAUGGCAGCAGUUUAUACACUAUAGCAUGACAUUAAACAUUUUGAAAUCCUUUACUGUAACUUGUAUACAGAAAUUACCCUACAGUGUCUUUUCAGUUUUGUAUGAAUCCUUUGUCUUUUAUCCGGGUGUUUUGAUAGGACCCUCUCCAAAAUAUACAUGAAUUUCCUUAACGUUCAUCCCCCCCCAAGAUCUGAUUUGUAUAUUGGAAAUAAAUUGUAGAGAUGAUAUAACAAGGCCACAUGUCAUGAACAUAUUGAAUUCAUGUUUUGUUAAAUUUUGAAGUGAUUAAAUUCAUUUCCUGAUAGUGUUUAUAAGCUGCAGGAAGGUAUGUAUUUAUGGUGUAAUGAAAGUAACUACAUGUACCCUUUUAAAAUUAAAUCAGCUAACAUUGAGAUGCUAUACUAGUUAUCUGUAGAUGUAUCUUUCGCUAUCUGGCUGUGUUUAGACAGGCAGCCCAAUUCUUCUGAUCUUUUUCCACUAAUUAGUCUUGACCAAUCAGAUCAGCUUGUUUGCCAAUAAUUUGGCAAAAUAUCAGAAUUGAUCUGCCUGUGUAAACGUCUCUGAGUCAGACAUGUCAAGUUAAACUACAACUGUCCAUAGCAGUGGAGGCUGCUGAGGGGAGGAUGACUCAGUGUCUGGAAUGGAGCGAAUGUAAUGGCAUCAAACACAUGGAGACCAUGUAUUUGAUGCCAUUACCAGAAGCCCAUCCUCCCCAAAUAAGGUACCACCAACCUCCUGUGGUCCAUAGGAGCCUCUGCUUUCCCAUAGCCUAGUUAAACUAGACCGAAAUUGGCACUCAAACCAUAGAGUGCACAUUGAGUCUGGUACAGCCAGGCUCCAAUUCCCCUUCCUCCAGUUUACUGUGCAUUCUGGAGAGACCUUCUCUUUUUAUAAUGUUUGUUUACUUGUUUUCUCAGCAUGGAACUGACAGUAUUUGAUGAAUCUGUAAUAAAUAAGUAGUAUUUUGUUUGUUGCCUUUUCCAAUAAUCCGUAAUGAUAAUUUAUGAGCUUGUUCUUGCCUUUGACAGGAAGCACUUGUAAUGCAUGGCAGAUUGUUGCAUCAUUAAAGGCCUUUUAUGCUA